AUGAUUAAGUUAUUUUACUCUCUUGGUGCAGAUAUCAAUCUCAAACAACCAUUUAUCAGUUCCCUUCCCAAGCCACUUACAGAUGGUGCAGAACUGUAUAUCCAUAAUAAGUAUGGAUCAGUUUUAAAUCUCACCAUUGGCCAAAUCAAACAAGCAGUUUUCCUAUCUCUUGAUGACCUUUGUCAUAAGAGGAAAGUUAUUCGAGAAUAUCUAAAAGGAGAUGUUUGUUUGGACCAAGCCUGCAAAAAGCCAGAGCUAAUAACCAAGGGAAAGUGCCAAGCCUGUACUCCAUCCCAGAGAAGAAAAGGAUCCAGAAGAUUCAAAAGGUUCAAAAGCUUUACCAAGGCCUAUAAGAAUUUUCCAAGAAAAUCCUUCAGAAAGAAAUGGAGGUAUUUUAGACGAAAGUCUAAAAGGUUCAGAGGCACAAAAGGCAACAAAUGUUUUAUCUGUGGAAAGCCUGGACAUUUUGCAAAAAAUUGUCCUCAAAAUCAGAAGGGAGUAAAAUUAAUUUCAGAAAUUCAAAAUGAGCUUCAUUUUUCCAUAACUGAUUUAGAAUCUGAAUUUUCUGAACAAGAGGAGCCUACUGACACUACUCUAUUGGCUUUACAGGUCCCCGAAGAUAUUUUAAGUAUUGGGCCUAUUGCUAUGACAAAUAAAGAGGACAAAGAAGAGGAAGUUUAUCCACAAACUCUUAUUCAUAUCUUGUUGGAUAAAUAUUCUAAACCUAUACCUCUUAUUGCAUUUUUUGAUACAGGUGCCCAUACUUCCAUCAUAAGGAAGGAUAUCCUACCAGACUCAUAUUGGAUUCCUAAAGCGAAUAAGUUUAGAGGAGCUGAUGGAAAUCUUUUUGAAACAAGAUUUGUCACAAAAAAUCCCAUCACUCUCAAACUUCUCCCUGAUUGCUGUGUUAGUUCAAAAUUUCUGGGAGCAAACUUUACCGGUAAGGACUUGUUGUUAGGAUUUGAUCUUUACAGGCAAAAUAAAUAUCUUAUUACAGGGAAUGGGAUAAAAUCAAAAAAGUUUUUUAAACCUUUCAUUGAAAUCCCAAAGCUGUAUUUGAUACAAGACGAAAGUGUUCAACAAGAUCAACUCCAGCAGUUUCAAAAGCAGAUUAUUCAAGAAUCAUGCUCAACAAAUCAUCAAGAGUUUUUACCAAAGUGUGAUCAUCCUUUGUGGGAAAAUUCUGAGUUUUUUAUCCGACUUCAUUUUAAGAAAAAUGAGGAUAUCAAUCCCACAAAAGCUAGUCAUUCUGGAAUGAAUCCCAAUGACACAAAGCUUGCAGAACAGGAAUGCCAAGAACUUUUAAAGUUUGGGCUCAUUGAGAUUUCUCAUUCUCAAUGGGCCUGCCAGGCAUUUUAUGUUAACAAAAGAUCUGAGCAGGUCAGAGGGAAAAUGAGAUUGGUAAUCAAUUACCAGCCUCUUAAUAUUUUCCUGCUUGAUGAUAAGUUUCCAAUACCCAACAGAUUUACUAUUUUUUCCCAGAUAUCCAAGGCCAACUGGUUUUCUAAAUUUGAUUUAAAAUCUGGAUUUUGGCAGUUGGGAAUUCAUCCUGAGGAUAGGCAUAAAACUGGAUUUUGUAUCCCAAAUCAUCAUUUCCAAUGGAAGGUGAUGCCUUUUGGUUUAAAAACUGCACCUUCUCUCUUUCAAAAAGCGAUGAUCAGGAUAUUUCAGCCUAUCUUACAUUCCGCACUUGUUUACAUUGAUGAUAUUCUUCUUUUCAGUAAUACUUUUGAAGAACAUCUUGAGUUGCUUAAAGAUUUUCAUCAUCUUGUUAAGCAAUACGGAAUAAUGCUUUCUGAAAAGAAAAUGUUUUUAGCUCAGCAAGAAAUUUCAUUUCUCGGAAUGAAAAUUACUCAAGGAAAAUGUACUCCUGAACAGCAUGUUGGACAAUCCAUUAAAGAUUUCCCUGAAGACAAUCUUUCAAAAACUCAGGUCCAACAAUUCCUUGGUGUUGUUAACUAUGUCCGGGAAUUUCUUCCCAAAGUUUACCGCACUAGCGAGUCCCACGUCCAUAAUACACUUCAAACUUAA